UUUCCAACAUAGAAUCAUAUAAUGAUGAAUAAUCUUAUCUUGCUCCCAAAAUACCCAACAUUUCAAUCUAGAUGGGACAUAGAAGAAAUUCAUCCCAAAUUUUUCAAAUGCAUAAGUUGGCAAAUGGAAGCAACAAUGGAUGAAAUUAAUUGUCCUUACCAUUAUGUAUGUGACAAAACAUACCCUCCAAAUUAUCCUUUUUCUAUUGAUAUCUUAGUCCUUUUAUUCACAACAUGUUCUUAUUUGGUCACACUUAUAAUUUUGAUAUUGGAUAUGAACACAAGAAAAGGAACAAUCUUUUUGACUCAUUCAAAAAGAUUUUUGUUACCUUCUGGUCCUAUAUCUCUUCCAAUUAUAAUCUUAAUCUUUGCAAAGGGUCCUCAAAUCAACACCAUUUUUCCACUUUCUUGUAUUGGUCCUUCAAUUCUUCUAUUGGUUCUAAUUUCAUCAUUAUCAUUUGAUAUUAAAGAUGAUAAGGACAUAAAGUACACUUUUUUUGCAGCCUCAACAAUUUCUGGAAUUUUACAUGCAAGUUUGUAUUUGGACUCAAUUGUGUUACCUUAUUAUACAGGUUUUGAUGCAUUGGUGAAUUCAACAUUUUCAGGUGAAUGUGAAACAUGUGUGUGUAGGAAAGAAAUUUUGGUUGUUGGGGGAAAAUUGGUAAAGUACAAAGGUUGGUCAAUGACAACAUUUGUUGUUGUUGGUGUUAUUUGUUUGAGGAUUUUGUGUAAAAUAUUUGGAGAAAUUAAUGGUGGGAAAUUUGUGUCUAUGAUUAAAGUGUUGAUGGAAAGGUUUAGUUGGAUUUUAAUAACUUUGGAUUGUGUUUAUUUGAUGGGAAAUUCACCACCAGAAAGAAUAAUUUUGAGAGUUGUUGCUUUUGGAGGCAUAUUUCUUUUGAUUUUGCUUCAUGUGGUUAGAGAAGCAUGUAGUAAGUUUUUCACGAUGGAUUAUGUGGCUGAAAAAUUGAGAUCGGUGUCAAUUUCAACACCAUUGCAAAUAGCAUAAACACAAAAAAAUAUCAAAACCAAAAUGGUUUUUAGGAUAUCAAUAGUCUAUUCUUGUUGUAAUUUGUAAAUAAUUACUUGUAAAAUCAUAAAAAUAUGAUUGAUUGCA